AAUGUAUUUGUUGUAGAGUUGAGUGACUCGAUAGCCAUAAGACAUAGCAUUUAAUAGUUGUGUUAAAAGCAGUGAUUCAUUGACUGACAGACAAACACAACUCAGUUAUAACGCAAUACGUGUUGUGUUUGUGACCACAAGUGUCCACAAACUGACCAACAAUACCAUCACCAAAGUCUUCACUGCCAAACCAUACAACUAUCACCUAAUUGUCAUCCAAUUUGAUAAUUAUGUAUCAUUUAUAGUCGACCACAACAUAACAAUGGAGUUGCGAGUCGGUAACAAAUACAGGUUGGGCCGCAAAAUCGGGUCGGGCAGCUUCGGGGACAUCUAUCUCGGCACCAAUAUUACAACAGCUGAGGAGGUGGCCAUCAAACUGGAGUGCAUUAAGACAAAGCACCCGCAACUGCACAUCGAAAGCAAAUUUUAUAAACAAAUGUCCGGCGGAGUUGGCAUACCUGUAAUCAAAUGGUGCGGAACUGAGGGUGACUACAAUGUUAUGGUUAUGGAACUGUUGGGUCCAAGUCUUGAGGAUUUGUUUAACUUUUGCAGUCGAAAGUUUAGCCUUAAGACAGUUCUUCUAUUAGCUGAUCAAUUGAUCAGUCGUAUUGAGUUUAUUCAUACCAGAAAUUUCAUACAUCGAGACAUAAAACCGGAUAAUUUUUUGAUGGGUUUGGGAAAGAAGGGAAAUCUGGUUUAUAUAAUAGACUUUGGUUUGGCAAAGAAAUAUCGCGAUACCCGAACACAUGCCCACAUCCCGUACAGGGAGAACAAGAACCUGACGGGAACCGCCAGAUAUGCUUCCAUUAACACUCAUCUGGGAAUCGAACAAAGCCGUCGGGACGACUUGGAGUCGUUGGGUUACGUAUUGAUGUAUUUCAAUAGAGGAAGCCUUCCGUGGCAAGGAUUGAGAGCGGCCACCAAACGACAAAAGUAUGAGCGAAUCAGUGAGAAAAAGAUGUCAACUCCUAUUGAAGAACUAUGUCGUGGAUUUCCGGCAGAAUUCUCCUCUUACCUCAGUUACUGCCGAACACUCAGAUUUGAUGAAAAGCCUGAUUACUCUUAUUUAAGACAAUUGUUGAGAAAUCUAUUUCAUAGACAAGGAUUUACUUAUGAUUAUGUGUUUGACUGGAAUAUGUUAAAGUUUGGUGGGAAUCGUACUCACAAUGCAAUUGAUGGCACAAACGGAGACCGUCAGCUUCAGAACCAAAGCACAGGAUUGCCUCAAUCAACACCACAAGCGGCCAAUAAUCACAUUCAAUCACAUCAUUCACAUGCAUUGAAUCUGACCAGAAAUGGUACGACCGUUAGUGGCAAUGGCGGCGGCACUCCUGGUAGUGCUACUCCUGUGGCUAGUGGUGUCCAAACUGGAAAUUUUCCACAAAGUAGUAGAAGAGCAAGAAAUAAUUCAGCAAAUGCUGCCAUCAAUGCAAACGUUGACAACGGAUUACUCACUGGCGGUGUUCAGAUACCACCAUUUGUGCCUCAUAUGAACGACCAAAACAUUGAUUUUCUCGCGCAUCCUUCGUUAUUACCAUCGACUUCUAGAGGCGAUAGGAUUACUCACAGAUAGGAUAGGAUUACAAUUUUUAGCAAAAAUUAUGUGACAUUUAACUCAAAUUAUUUAAAUUAUUAUUUUAAUUAUAUAUAA